GAAGCAGAGAGGCUCACAUACACACAGGAAAAGAAAGAAGACAGUCCCAUCUCUUCUCUCCCUGUCUGCUCACUGUCUGACACUGAGCACAGUGAGUUCAUUAUUUCCUCCAUAUCUGGAAUUUGUUUCUACUCAAAGGGUUUUCAUGCAGCGACAGACAGUGGACUAAUAUUGCACCUAACAGGAAAAUGGUUCCCGUUAAACUCCUCAUUCUGGGAGCUCAGAACACUGGAAAAACAGCACUGUGUGUUCGUUUCAUAACCAAGCGCUUCAUUGGUGAAUACGACCAUAAAAAGGAGGUGACCUAUAGAUGCAGUCGGGUGGUGGACCAGGAAGCUGUUGAUCUUGAGAUUCUGGAUACAGCUUGUAAGGACAGCUCUGCGGCUUCUCUGGAGUCUUCCAUUCGUUGGGCAGACGGUUUCCUGCUGCUCUACUCCGUCACACAACGCCUCAGCUUCCUGGAGGUCCCUCGACUCAAGAAGCUCAUCGACCAAACCAAACAGAGUCUGGUUGUUCCUACAGUGCUGGUAGCCAAUAAGGCAGACUUGGAAAUUGGCAGGGAGGUGACAACAGAGGAAGGGCAGAGACUGGCCAAGGAUUUAAGGUGUGGUUUCAGGGAGCUGUCUGUGGCAGAAGCUGUUUUAACUGUGGAAGCAGCCGUGUUUCAGCUCAUCAGGCUGGUGUUGGAUCAGCAGCGCCCUCUCCCUGACCGUCGCUCCUACAUGCUGACUGUUCGCCACGCUCUGACCAGGAAGCUGACCAGAUCCAAGACCAUGCAGUGGUGACUGCAGCAAACAAACAAUUCACCAGUUUUUACAGUGGGACAUUUGAGUAAAAGGUGUGCGUUGUUUGUUCUCAUAAAUUUUACUUCCGGACUGAUUUUACGAUAUUAGCACUAUAGUAUUCCCUGUUUAUUGAAACAUAAAGGUAUGUUGAAUCCUCGUUUCACUCAGUAAGCCUGUGUAUGGAUGAAACCUUUUGAAGUGUGGACCAGUUUCAUGCAGCACUGAUUUGGUUUUCCAGCUUAAGCCUGCAACUUCUGGCUUCCUGGAUUGAUGGUUGUUGAGGCCUUGGAUUCACAAAGCAGGAAAAGUCACAAAAAUUAUCAAAACUUUGCAAAUCACUGUAGAUAAAAAAAUGUUUGAACUUACAAACUCUGGGAACAAGAGCACAUAGUUGUGACCAAAUAUGUGUUUGCAGUUUUACUGCACAAUUCCAGCUCAGCCUGAGGUAAUCUGGAAAAGAGGUUGGAUCUGGAUGAAUAAAAUAUUAGCAGGAGAAAUAAUGUAUGUAUUUGAGUUGGGGUGAGCUUCAAUAAUGGGCUAUCACAUCAGCUCCUUUCAUCCCUUUGACAGCAUUUUGUUUAACAGCUGCAUUUAUAUGUUUACUGUACAUGUCAGCAUGUGCACAGUAAUACCACUCAGCAAAAGCAAUAGUCUGUUUAAGCCAUAUACACUAAUGUAUAAACUGAGAGCCCUCUACAGGAUUUUUUGUCCUUGUUUGCUAUGUGUUCCAUUCUCCAGUAGAGGGCAGUACAGUCAUUUCAGUUAGUGCAGACUCAACCCAAGUCCCACAGGAUGUCAAAUACACCAUUUGGCCAACGUUAUAUACAUCUCUGUCCAGUUUGAUAUGGAAGAAGUUGGCUAGCCUGCGCUGAGCCCUUAGUGCCCAACUUAGUGAGAUCCAAAAUCACGUGGAAAGUCCUCCCAGAAGAGUGGAGGCUGUUACAGCAGCAGAUCAACGCCCAUGGUUUUGGAAUAAAAUGAUUAAGAAUCACAUAUGGGUGUCAUGUUCGGGUGUCCACAUACUUUUAACUAGGCUGUCAACUUCAAAGUUAGUUUUUAUAAGUCCAUCACUCUGCGAGUAAAACAGUUUGACUUUCUCUUGUUGUAGGAGUGUGUAUAUAUGAUGUAACAGUGUGUAAGGAAGGAGUCUGGCUUUGAUUACGGUCUUGGCGUUAUUUGACUCAGUCUCUGUGUUUCUUUCCAUGUAUCUCUCUCUCCUCAUUGCUCACUCUGAACUUCUGAACUUUAUGAUCAGCGAGAGACGUCUGAAAAAAGAGAGACAGGACAAAGCAACUCAGAAAAUAAGACUAUAACGGGGAAGGACAACGGGUUUCUCUGGCAUCUUAUUUGUUUGUAAGGAGCACAAAAAGGAAAGAAGAGCAGCUCAGUCGCAGCCACACUGAGCCUGACUACACUGUUUAUACAUACUGCUCUAUCUCCUGCUACUCGUGGAGACAUUAUGGGAAAACUGACAGUGUGCUUACUCUCCACCUCUCUGUCCACUGCCAUGACCAUUUACAACUACUCCACCCAGCUACCACGAACCAACCAACCAACCACAGAACCCCACUGGGCUUUACGUAGAAAUACACAGGAUGAAAAUGUCAGACUUUUGUCUUUAAAGUUAAAAUCCUUAUCCUAUUUUUUAUACUAUAUAUGACCGGCAUUUUUUCAGCAUUUGCCAUUCAAUGUAUUUGGAUUCUGUGAUUGCAUCUCUGUAUAGUAAUUUUCAUUGUCACUGGCAGAGUCCGCCUUUCCCAGGAUUCAAAGUGUAGUUGUUCACUCUUGUUUUUUUAUUUUAAUUGUGACAUAUAUUUUUAAACAGAGGCAUGAGUUUCUCUUCUUGUAUUGCAUUUCUGAUGGAGAAGGUGUGUUUUGCUGGCCUUUGCGCUUGAUACAUGUCAUUUUGAGCAGAACUAUGCAAACUGGUAACACCCGCUGUUACCAUGAGUUUUCUGAUCUGGCACUGUAAUGGUUAGGUAAACAUAGACAAUAGUCAUAAUUCUUACAUCUCGUAGAGGUCUUUGUCAAUUGAGCACAAACAUAUGUUGUUAUUAGGCAACACAGAAGUUUCUCUAGAUAUUAAUAUAGUGGAUAGUCGUGCAAAUUUGCGUUACACGUGAAAUAUCACAGUAAAACUGUAAAUUACU